AUGACGAAUAGAAAGUUGUUAAUCGGAGUUGAUGUUGGUGGAACCAACAGUGAUUUGGUGGUGGUGGACCCUCUACAGUUAGAGGAAGAACACAGGGGUGUCCUGGCGUGGCACAAGGCCGUUACUACACCAGACGUUUGUGUUGGUAUCAAGAAGGCCAUCAAGACAGUGUUGGAGGACCCUCAAAACGAUAUCCAAAAGUCCGAAAUUGUUUCUGUAACGAUCGGUACAACGCAUUUUAUCAAUGCAGUAAUAGAGCGUGACUCUAACCGUUUGGAAAAAGUGGCCGUUAUAAGGCUCUGUGGUCCUUACGGUAAGGAUAUGCCUCCAUUUGGAGAUUUUCCAGAGGAUUUGAAGCUCAUCAUCAAUGGGUUCUGGUGUUCGCUCGAUGGUGGGUAUCGAGUGGACGCAAAAGAGAUCAGACCGUUGGAUGAAGACGGCUUGAGAGCGGCAUGCGGGAAGAUCAGGGCCCUUGGAAUCUCGGCCGUAGCACUUGUAUCCACUUUUGCUAAUAUGAAUAACGAACACGAAUUGAGAGCAGCAGAGAUUGUACGAGAGGAGAUUCCCGAUGUGGAUGUCGUUAUGUCGCAUACUAUUUCUGGUAUCGGCUUCAUAGAAAGAGAAAAUGCCUCCAUUUUGAACGCUUCCAUCAAGAAAUUCGGCCGCAAGAUCAUCUCAUCGUUCACCCAGGCCACUAAGAGCAUUGGGUUGAACUGUACUGUUCUCUUGUCUCAAAAUGAUGGUACUGUGCUUUCCACUAAGGAUGCACUAGAAAUGCCAAUAAGAACCUUCUCCUCUGGUGCUACCAAUUCUAUGAGAGGUGCUGCUAUUCUGUGUUCCAGAGACCCCGAUGUGAAAGGAAAAUCCGUCAUUGUUUGUGAUAUUGGUGGAACCACCUCUGAUGUCGGCCAGUUACUACCUUCUGGUUUCCCAAGACAAUCUUCGUCUUAUUCAUACAUUGGAGGUGUUAAGAUGAACUUCUCCAUGCCUCAUGUGGAAUCAAUAGGUCUUGGUGGUGGCUCCAUUGUUAGAGACCAAAAUGGUGAACUAACAGUGGGCCCAGAUUCCACUGGUUCAGAAAUCGUGUCCAAGGCAAUCAUCUUUGGCGGUGAUGUCAUUACGACGUCCGAUGUCAGUAUCGGUGAAACAAUCGAUAAAUUCGGCAUUGAAUCUCUUGAUAGAGAUUUACUGCAGAUGGGAGAUGUCAACAAAGUUAAAGACUUGUUCACCCCUGAUUUUAAACAGAGGUAUGACUUUGCCAUUGCCAAGAAGUUGGAAAACAUUAUCGAUCGUAUGAAAACUUCCCCAGAUCCAAUUCCAGUUAUUUUUGUAGGUGGUGGUUCAUUCAUUGCUCCACCUGAGCUCAAGGGUACUUCAAAAGUCAUAACCCCUCCUUUCUACCAAGUCGCGAAUGCCAUUGGUGCUGCGUUGGGUAAAAUUUCGAGUACCGUUGCCGAAGUCAAGACUUUUGAAAACUUCGAUCAAGAGAGGGAUGCAUAUAUUCAAAGUUUAAUCGACAGAGCUACUUCGGAAGCCAUUGAAAAAGGAGCCUUGGCAUCUUCUAUUACCGUGGUUACAAUUAUAUCUGACGCCGUGCCAUAUGUCGAUAAAGUUUACAGAUUAGAGGUUAAAGUAGUUGGUGAUAUUGAUUAUGACUCUACUUUCAAGGUUACGAAGGGUACCAUGGAACAAAUUUCUAACGGAGUGGACGACGACGAAGAAAAUGAUGAGUACAUCUCUGAAGAAGUCUUCAAGAGUGCUCAAGUUUCAAGAAUACAAAAGGAAGCCAUUAACUAUGCUGAAUACAGACCAACUGUUGUUGAUGGUGAGUGGAUUUUAUCGGAAACAGACAUCGACUUUAUAAGUGCUGGUGCUUAUAUAUUAGGAUGUGGUGGUGGAGGUGACCCUAAUCCAGAUGCCAUUGAAUUAAAGAGGCUCAUUAGGGAAGGAGCACGUUUGAGGGUCAUGACAUUAGAUGAAUUCGAGAAGAAAACUGAAGGAAAGGGUACUGCAAUUAAUGUUGGUUAUUGCGGCUCUCCAUUAAUAUCUGGUGAGAGAUUACACGGUAACGAAAUGCUUGAAGCAACUAGCCUAAUCGAAAGAUGGGAGGGUAAAAAGACCGACGGUAUCUUCAUGUUUGAAAUUGGUGGAGGUAACGGUUUAUCCGGUAUAUGGACAGCGUACCACAAAGAUGUUCCAUGUAUCGACCUUGAUCUAAUGGGUAGAGCUUACCCAACUCAAUGGCAAAGUUUGCCCUCGGUUGUCCAUGACUUGCACGGAUAUCCAUAUGUCGCAUUAUCCGAUGGUAAUGGUAUGUCAAUGAUUCUAACGUCUACUACGGAUGAUAUCCAAAUGGAGGAUAUCAUUCGUGACGCGAUGUAUCACCAUGGUGUACAGUGCGCGUGUGUUGAACCAUCGAUGACUUGCAACCAGAUGCGUAAUGAGACAGUUGCCAAUCCAAUUUCCAACUCUUGGAGAAUCGGUCGUGCUGUUCACAUAGCAAGGACAAACAGUGACAUGGACAGUAUUCCAUCAAGAAUAAUUGAAGCCGUUGGUGGACCCUCCGCUGCGAAAUGUCUAUUGAAGGGUAAGAUUAUUCAAGUGGAGAAGAAGAUGAAGAGAGGAUACGGGUUCGGUGUAGCAGUCAUUGAAGGUGUUGACGACAGCACUGGUACCACCAUUAGAAUUCCAUUCAAGAACGAAAAUAUCGUUUGUUAUAAAGUGAAUGAGGAUGGUACUGAAACAGCGUUAUGUUCUGUUCCAGACUUGAUUACCUUGGUUGAUGAUGAUGGCCAUGCAGUUGGAACGCAAGAUUACAGAUACGGCUUAAUUGUAUAUGUGAUGGUGUUUGCGCCAUCAGACAAAUGGACUACUCCUAAAGGUAUCGAGAUUGGAGGACCAAAAGGAUUUGGUGAAGUGUUCGCGAACAUUGAAUAUACUCCUAUUGGCAAAUACGUCGAGCCUAUACCAAUAACGGAAGAGUUUGCUUAA